AUGCUGCCGGAGCCCCAAGUCCAAGUCCUCGCGCGGGACCCCGCCCACCGCAAGUUCAACAUCAACUGCUAUGCUUUCCAGCAAGACGCCAUUGUCUCGUUCAAUGGCUGGCAGUAUGCCUGUUUCUACACCUUCUCCCCCUCGGGGUCCUCGAAUCCCCCCUCAGACCCGCUCUAUGUGCACCUCGCGAGAAGACGGCUGCCCCAGGGCGAGUGGGAGGUCAUGGUGCUCGAUGACUAUCCACAGACGACCGACGACGGACACAACACGGUCCAGAUGGGAAUUUGUCCCGGCGACGGCACCAUACAUCUUUCAUACGACCACCAUUGCGACGUCCUGAGGUACCGUUACUCAGUCCGUGGCCUGGCUGCAGACCCGGAGAAGUUCGAGUGGGUACCUUCGCACUUCACACCAACCCUGGAUUACCUGCCCGGCCUGUCGUCCACCCAUCGCCAUUUCAGAUAUGUGACCUACCCUCGGUUUGGGUUCGCCGAUGACGGCGACAUGUUCUGCUCCUUCCGCGACGGCAAGGCCGGCCUCGGCAACGACUACCUGUACCUCUACCGCGGCGGCAGCGGGCGCUUCGAGUUCGUCGGGCCGCACCUGACCGGCAUCCGGAGCAGCCCGUACGUCCACGGCAUGGACUGCCGCAAUGGAAGGCUGCACGUCACCUGGGUGUACCGCGGCUUCGUGCACUACGACGGCUGGGAUGACCCGCUGGACACAAAGCACAAGCAACAGGCCGGACCGAACGGCGCCGAGAACAACCACAACAUCUGCUAUGCGUGCAGCGACGAUAAGGGGUACACGUGGAAGAACGGCGCCGGAAAUGUCAUCGCCGACUUGAGGAAGGGCGAAAGCAUUACCAACGAGUCCGAGGGCAUCGUAGCGUUUGACAUCCCCAAGCACUCCGGCCUCACCAACCAGGAGGCGCAGGCAGUCGACCAGGAGGGCGGUGUCCAUGUAUUGAAUAGGGACACCACGGAUGGGGAUGGCGACGGUCCGGUGUGGAAGCACUAUCACAAGUCCCCAGACGGGACAUGGUCUCGGCGAGCACUCCGGCCCGUCAGCGGCAGUGCGCGCGGCCGAUUGGCCAUAAGCAAGGCGGGCGAUCUGUACAUUGUGCUCCCGGAUUUCGAGGCGACGAAGAUCCAGAUCCUAAAGUCGUCCAAGGCGGGUGGGUACUCGACCUACGAGGAGGUCUGGACCGGACAUGGUUUCUCGGGCGAACCACUGGUGGACUCGGCCAGACUCGACCAAGACGACGUCUUGUCGGUGCUGGUCCUUACCAAGGAGAAGGCCAAUGCGGGUGAGAGAAAACUUGCUGUCCUGGAUUUCCAGCUCUGA